AUGGGAAACCACAGUGUGUUCAGUGAGUUCAUCCUUCUUGGGCUGUCUUCCAACCCCCAGAUCCAGGCUCUUCUCUUUGUGCUGUUCCUGGUGAUUUACCUCCUGACCCUGAUGGGAAACUUGGUGAUGCUGCUAGUGAUCAGAGCUGAUUCCCACCUCCACACCCCCAUGUACUUCUUUCUGGGCCAACUGUCCUUCCUGGACCUAUGCCACUCCUCUGUCACAGUACCCAAGAUGCUGGAGAAUUUACUUUCUGAAAGCAAAACCAUCUUUGUAGAGAGCUGCCUGGCUCAGGCCUUCUUUGUGUUUGCCACAGGGGGCACUGAGGCCUGUCUGCUGGCAGUGAUGGCCUAUGACCGCUAUGUGGCCAUCAGCUCCCCUCUGCUGUAUGGCCAGGUGGUGAGUAACCAGCUGUGUGUUGGGCUGGUAUGGAGCUCCUGGGGCCUGGCCUUUGUUGAUGCCCUUAUCAAUAUCCUCCUGGCUGUCAACUUAGACUUUUGUGAGAGCCAAACUAUCCCCCACUUCAGCUGUGAACUGUCUUCUCUCUUCCCUCUGUCUUGUUCUGAUACUUCUAUCAACUUCACGCUCCUGCUCUGCUCCUCUGUCUUGCAUUUCUUUGGAACCUUCCUCUUGAUCUUCUUUUCUUACAUCCGUAUUGUCUCCACCAUCAUGAAGAUCAGCUCCACCUCCGGCAGAAGCAAGGCCUUCUCUACCUGUUCCUCCCACCUUACCACUGUGAUCUUGUUCUAUGGUUCAGGUUUCCUCAGCUAUCUUUUGCCAAACUCUGGUUCCCCUGUAGAAAUGAUCUUCCCUUUACAGUACAGUGUGGUCACUCCUAUGCUGAAUCCCCUCAUCUACAGCCUUCAGAACAAGGAGGUAAAGGCAGCUAUGAGAAGAAUGUUCAGAAAAUAUGUAAACUCUUUGACAUAA